UCCUUCCCUCCCUCCCUCCCUCCCUCCUUCCUUCCUUCCUUCCUUCCUCAGAUUGCUUCAUCCUCUUUCCCUUCUUGGGUUGCGCUUGCUUACAUCCGCUAUCAUAUCUUAAUGAGGCCAUGAUGAUUCCUUACGUGGGCAGCUUUUAUUACUUAGAAGGCACUUGACAUUCAUGAUCUCCAUUCAACCUAGGUCAGAGGAUGGAGCAGGAAUCCCCUCUUGGGUUCCCUAAGGCAGAUUGGCUUUCUCAUGAAUAUAGGUGGCCCAGCAUGUUGGGCACGGUCACACGUGUGGCCUUUGGGGUGCACUGAGUCCCUUGAGGCCUCCGAGGGGCCAGACUGAAGGCUGCUGGCGAUCCCUGGUGGGGAAAUUGCAGCAUUAGAUGCUAGGGGUUAGCAUAGGCUAAUCUUUAGCUUGUCUAAUUACCGUAUAUAUGUUUAAUUUUCCAUACCCCUUUUAGGGUAGUUAGUUGUCUUUGAUUGAAUUAUAUACAACAGAUUUUGAUUACCUUCUCAUGUCCACCUUUCACUGUGUUUGAACUUUCCUUGCAAGGACGUGGGGAUGCAAUAGAAAGUUUACACAGUUAGGUUUAAAUUCCUUAGGGAAUGACUUAAGAAAGCUGCUGACCAAAGGGCUAGUGAAUCUUGACCGCUGAUGAAUAUCUUUGCCCUCAGUUCCUGCUUCCUGAGCUUCACACCGGCAUCCCCUAAAGUAGCUUUUAGAGAACGUGGACCCUAGCAGGACUGACCAGAGAGAAAAGCAGCUAACAUUUCUUGAUGCCUCGCCACCUGUCAGGCGCUAUGACAGAGUGAUGGCGUUCGUGACCGCAGAGAGGGUGUCCUUGUCCCCAUCUUACAGCUGAGGGUGGGGAGGCUCAGAGAGGUGGUCAUUGCCUUCUGAAGAGCCUUGAAGGGCAGGCUCUGUCCAGGAGUAUUGAUUUAUGGUGUAGUGUGUGCCUGGGGCUGUGCAGAAGAACCUCAUCUCCCGGGGAACCCCGACCCACGCAGGAGAUGUAUGUGAAAUCAUGCUCCUCUGGCAUCCCGAAUCCUCCUACAAAGCACUGUCAGGCCAAUGCUGUCCCGCUUCCUCUCCCCCUCCUUUAUGUGAAAAGUGCCCCUGAGCUGAUGCUUUUGGCUGGGAACACAUUGCACUCACACACAUUCCCACAGAGGAGUUUGUCAGCCCAGAGGCAGCUCUAGUGGCCUAGCUGCUCCAGCAAGGAGCCUUCAGUCACCUCCAGGUUCUCAGUCCAGCCUGCCUCUAGCUGUGGCACCUUUUGGGGGCCCAGGUCCUCAAACUGUGGGUGGGGCAGGUGUGGGUCCACCUGUACACUUUGCUUACCCUGUGCUCAGCUUCCCCUGCACGCUGCUGCAGCCUUUGCUCCGAGCUUUGAUUUGUGAACUUCUCAAGAGGGAGAAUAAACAACUUUAGAGUUGUUCAGAUACUCGCCAAAGGCCUCUUCUCUUGAUGUGUUUCUAAAAUGCCUCUCCAUCUUUCUCCCUUCUCAGCCCUAUGUACGUUAGCUUGUGGACUUGUUUGUUCUUCCCACCCCCUGGCCCCAGAGGAACACUCCACUUGUCUGCAUAGCUGGCUUCAGGUUUACUCGGGAGAGAAGCGUGGUGCAGUAUGCCGUGGAACCACACAAAUGUGAACUCGUCUUCCUCAGCCCUAGCUCCAGCACAGGACUUGGCACAUGGUGGGCACUGACAAUGGGUGCCAGGCAGAUGUGCCAGAGAGAAGGAAGUCUCCUGUGGGGAGAGGUGCCACCUCGCAGUGUCGGCAUGGGCCCUGCUGUUGGAAUGCACGGUGAAGGGGCCCAAGAUAAGUGGUCUCCCCGCUUACAGGUAUACUGUACCCUUCAGGGCACUUCAGAACCAACAGGCAAGAUACACAAAGACAGCUUACAAGAUCGGUGUGGAUUUUGAUCCGCAGCAGCCUUGCGUGUCUGUUUUGGCAGAGAAUUCUGCAGACUUGAGGAAGAGGGACGCUUGCAUUACAUUUUGGCUUCUUGUCAUUUGCUUAGUGUUUCUAAUUGUACUUGCUUAGUCCACAUCAAUGUACACAGUUUGAAUAAAUGUUAAGACAUUACAUGUGUCAGUGUGAAAGUUUCCUUCAUGAAGUGUAAUACCUUGGUGAAUUCAGCUGUGCAGCUUACUGAAUACUUUCACUGUACCAAAGCAAGUAAGCACUUAGUGGCAAGGUAUGGAAACCGCGCUGGCAGAAAAUGUGGAGCUUGAGAACAAAACAAAAACAACAACAGAAAAGAAAAUGUGGAGCUCGAGACUGGGCAAGUCCUGAGAGAAGGAAUGUCGUAGUCUUUGUGGUCCACCCUCGCCAGCAUCACUGAAGAGUUCUGCGAUCAGCCUUUUCUCUGGGCUGCCCAUAUGGUGAGGAUCACAACUACUUCGGAAAGCCUUAAUGCAGUGAGAUUUGGAACCUGGAGUGGUGGGAACCACAUUGUGUGGAGAGUGGCUGAAGCUCAAGCUUGAUCACAUGUGUGGGCCAGAGCAAGGCCGGCCUGAAGAACACAGAGCGCAUGAGGCAAGUCACAGGAAUAGGCCGCUAGGUGGAGGACUUUCAUGUGACAUUCAACAUCCCAAGUGUAUACGUAACUGCGCUGCAGCCUUUGGGGCCUUCCCUCCUUUUGCACCCCCCCUUCCUCCUUCCUUCUCCCAUCGGGAGGGAGGGCUCCAUCUGGCCUGAGUUUUCCAUAUUCUGACUCUUGUCCUCUUUUCUCCAUCCUCGCACCGUCCUCACCCUGGGCGCUACGAGAGCCUCGAGGGACGCGGCCAAGUUGCAGCACUUGGUUGCCAAAGGAAGGUGUGUGUGGUUACUGCAAUGAACAGCAGAAGCAGAGCAGCAAACAGGAUCAUCUAAGGUGAAGGAGAAGUUAUGGCAUCUGGCCUGUCCCAACCAAGAAGAGGCUCGAUGCCUUUUGGACCUAUUUGCACUUUGAAGAGAACGUGUUCUUCACUGUCAGGGCACACUUACAGAAUAGCAGACUUGUAGGCAUGUUAUAACAAAAGUCAGAAAUCAAUUCAUAGCCUGUGACUAUGCUCACGCUGCCUGUCCCAUGGCUAGCCUUGACUGUCCAGGCCCAGAUGUUCCCCCUUAACCAUGUGUGGGUCCAACUGACUGUGUCUGGCUUGUGCUUUAAAAAUACUCACUAAUUCCAACUUGCUUCAAGGGCUUUAAGAUCAUCAUAUUUGGGGGAAGAGUGGCCCAAGCAAGGACACGAUCAACUCUACCUACUCUUCUCAGACCCCCUCCCUCCCAGAAUAUUCCUGUAUGAACCUGCCUGGCAGUAUGACAUCAUUCUUGUACUCCGUGUAACCAGUCGUGUAAGAACCUGCUAUCAGCUUUGUACUUCCACUCGCAAACCAUAUUUACACUGAACUCAAACCCGACUCUCUUUUGGUGAUCUGAAACUCCGCGUUCCCCAGCCUGCUUGCGUAAUGAAAUAAAAGUUGCCUUCUACCCCCUCAGUGCAGAGUCUUCCGUUUGGAUUGAUACUGGUUUUGCUGCUACACACUUGCGUGUGUUAUUCAGGCCAUUUACUGAGUAACUGGAAAACUUGCUAGCUUUGACUGAACCUAGCACAGAGGUCUGAAAUAGGUCUGGGCUGCUGUGCAGGCUGCGCUGCCACUUGGGCCAUAUGGGUCAGUGGGUCCAGCGGUGCUUGGAGUGGCAGUGGCAGAGAGGAAUGCCGUUUGGAUCAUGUAGCAGGCCCCAAAGGUGAGUUAUAAUAUGUAUCCUUAGGAUUUUGGAAGAAGGCCAGAAGAACAAACCUCAGUCAGUCUUCAUCUUCCUUUGAGGGUGGGCAAGGAGCAUGGACUUCCUCGAGCGGAUGUUGGACUCGGAGACUCUCACUGAUUGCUCCCCUCAGCAGCCCUCCUGUCUUGCACUGGCCGUUUCACCAACAGUUCCCAUGUGCGCCUCCGGCCUUUGGAUUGAGACUGGGGCCAAAAGUCUGAGCUGCAGGUCAGUUUUCUACGAGGGAACAACCUGUUCCAGGUGAGCGAGGGCAGGCAAGGACGUGCACGAAGGGCCAGCACGGGGCCUCGGAAGGGACCUCGAGAAAGAGCUGGCUCACGCCCUCCCCAAAGGCAAGUGAGACACAAAGAGCCCUUCCAGGGCCGGCGUGGGAGAAGGGCACACUCGGGGUCCCUGCUGGUGUCUCCAGGGAAGGAGGGCCCCCUGCGCAAGGAGAGAAGCCAGGAGCACAAGACCACGAUCCUCAUUUUCUCUGGCAUGCGAGUCCCAGCCCUGCACAGGCGCAGCAGAACAAGCACCAGGAGCACUAGAAGUAGCGCCAGCAGCAGCACAAGCAGCAGCAGCAGCAGCAGCAGAGGCAGGAGCAGAAGUAGCAGCAGCAGCUCCAGUACCAGCAGCAGCUCCAGUUCCAGCAGCUCCAGUUCCAGCAGCAGCUCCAGUACCAACAGUAGCGGCACCAGCACCAGCGCCAGAAGCAGUGGUAUGAGACCACACAACCUGGCAGCCUCCAGAGAUGAAGAUAAGCAGCAGGGCCAUGCAAAAGCCUGCCCAGUGACCAUCACAUUCCUGUAUCGCCCAGACCGGGCACAGGGCCCUGGCACUCAAGGGGAGCAGUGGGCUCCAUCCGGUCCAGCAGGUGCCAUGACCCCCACAGCCAGAACUCUGAGCAUAGAGGCCCAGAACAUGGGCUGGGGGCCGCAGGCUGCCACUUGCCCCAUGGGCACUGCCUUCCCACACAGUUUGCAGAGCCCUGGCCAAGGUGUCUCCCUCGAGCCAGGCUGGGAAGGGGUGGCCACGUGCUCCACAGGCCCUGAGCAGGGGCUGCACCACACACCAUCCAUAGCCCAGAAGAAAAGGAAGUUCCAGGCGCCAGGCUUGGAGAAGGGCCUGGCAGUGCCUCGGUCUGCCAUGCGGCUGGAGGCCAUCAGCAAGUGCCAAAGGGCUGACUCUGCACCCCAGGUCAACUACAGUGACCUGGAGGACUCUGAGGAGGAGGCCUCCCCAAUUCUAUCCCUGUCCAUUUCCUGGUCCCUGGGCAGGAAGGGACCCCACAAGAGGCUGCAGCCUGACCGCACUCAUGCCACCCGAGACCGUGCCAACCAGAAACUGGUGGACUUCAUUGUGAAGACCAAGGGGGCUGACGGCCACCUCCUGGACAUUGUGCAGGGCAAGAAGACGUCCCAUUGGCUGGCGGCCUUCUUGCGUGAAGACAGGUACACACCAUGCAGGGAGACGUACCUGGAUGAUGACCACCAGCUGGAGGUGGUGGCCCGACACCUACAGGGAGUCUACAGUCGCACAGAGAACCCCAUGGUGCCUCUGCUCAGAGUGGACAAGGUGAGACUGGUGCGGGAGGUUCUGCUGCCAGAAGCCGUGAUCUGCGCCAUCGCUGCCUUGGAGGGCCUGGACUUCCAGGGCGCGGAAGCGAAGUUUCUGCGAGGGCCCCAGGUGAGACCUCGUGAGACAGAGCUGUUCGACAGGAAGAUCUGGAGGAAGAAGAGAAAGAGAUCUGCUGACAGCAGAGAGCUGCUCAGGGCCCAUCCCAGGCCCGCACCCUAGCAAGGAGCCAGCUCCUCUCCUCAGUCCAUUUUCAGACAGCUGUGUUCACAAUAAAAUCCUUGCAGUCUU